CCGCCCAUCAUCAGUGACUACUGUAAAAGCCUUAACAAAAGGAAAAUGUUUUUCUCACUGAUACAGACACUGGUCUGUGUGCUGCUGGUCAAUGGUGGCCUCUAUGCCCUACACCUAACGGGCUCCAAUGGUGGUGGUGGCGGUGGCAGCAGCAGCAGCGGUGGCAGUCUAAGCGGUAACAACAACAAUCUUGCCUCCGCCUCGUCCUCCCUCAAUGGCGGCCAUAGUUCCUCGUCCCACCUCAAUUCGGGUGGCCAAAUGAAAAAUCCCUCCUCGUCCUCCUUUCACAGUUCCAGCAAUCGCAUCAACGAGGAACUGGCCGAUUUGGCCCAACGUGAACGGGAACGUUUGAUGGCCAUUGGUUUGGCCAAACAAACAGCCGAGGAGUCGGGCUAUCAUGGCCGUCCCGUCAUAACGGGACGCAUUAAAAUGCAUCCGGUCGAUGACAUGGACUCGGAGUAUUCCAAUUGGCUGAAUCAACAGGCCCGCAAUGUCAUGUUCGGCAGUGUGGUCAAACAGCCCGCUCCACCGCUCAUGAACGAGGAGGACUAUGAGGAUGAGUUGAGCUAUGAACCGUUGGGUCGACGUCCCACCAAAUACGAAUAUGGUCGGGUGGUACAACCCGCCGAAAGGGAAUUUGAAAAUCCCCACAAUUUGGAUUUGGAUGAAUUCAUGGAAUUGGAACAAAUGGCCGAUGAGGAGGAUGCUUUCCCCGAUUUGGAUGGCUAUGCCUAUUUGGAGGAUCUCAUGGCUGAGGAAAAUAAAGAGCGGAUGCAACAGCAUCAUCAGCAGCAACAGCAACAACAUCACAAUGUUCCUCAAUUUCCUGGUUUCCGACAGCAGCAGCAUCAUGCACAAAAUCCCUAUGGCUAUCAAAGUCAGGAGCCACAAAUGGAGCAGCAACAACAUGCUCAACAAUACAACACCAAAUAUGCCAACAACAUACGCUUGCAACAAAAAUGGCAACGCAAACGUGCUCAAAUGCAACAACCACAAUUGCAGCGUAACAUUUUCGGCCAAAAGAACAAGCAGCAGCAGCCGCACUAUUUUAAGGCCGUCCAAUCGACUCAUAAAUUCUCGCUGGCCAAUUCCGAGGCCACUGCAACCAGUAAAAUCAAUCCUCAUCUAAAUGAAUUCAAGGACACAAAUCAAAUGGAUAAUCACAGCGGCAGCAACAACAACAACAACAGCUCCGGAACCUCGAACAACAACAUUGUAUCAGCCAUUGGUGAACAACAAAAACCCGAUCAGCUGUUACAUCCAAAUCACAAACGUUCAGGUGGUGGUGGUGGCGGCACAGCUGGCAUGUCAGCAGCCGCCGCUGCUGCUGCAGCAGCUGUAUCCUCACCCCACAGUCUGGCCAAUCAGUUAAUGUUACGCUCAGCGCGUGGACAAAGGCAAUAUGAUGUGCCACAAAUUGAAUGUCCCACCGCCAUGGAUGGCAUGGAACGUUUUGCAUGUCCGACACCCGACGUCCAGGGCAGAUAUCGUUGCAUAGACGAUCAUGUCCUGUGUGAUGGCUUCAUUGACUGUCCCGAGGGUGAGGAUGAAGAUCGAAGAUCGUGUAUGUUCUACAAGACGACGAAAGCACAUCUGGAUGUGCUGGCUGAUGCGUUACUAAGAUGGGCCCGAGGCCGCUAGGUCUAAGAAACUGUAACAUAGUUAAAAAGA